CAUACCAGUACUGCUAUAAAUACCUUCCACACCCUCCAUCUUUCUCUUCAAGUCUAGCUUCUUCUUCAGUAGCAACCACCAUGGAGUAUAAAGUCGAAUCAACAGAAAUUCUGAGGAACAAGUGUGCAGCAUGCUAUCGACAAUUCAAUAGAAUCGAGCACUUAGUGGAGCACAUGAGAACCUCACACCACUCAGCUCAUGAACCCAUGUGUGGAAUUUGUAAGAAGCAUUGCAGAUAUUUUGAAUCUCUCAGGGAACAUCUUAUAGGGCCAUUGCCAAAACAAGAAUGCAGAAAUAUAUUCAGCACCAGAGGAUGCAAAAUCUGCUUAGCCAUCCUCGAAAGCCCGUAUGCUCUUAGGGUUCACCAGGACAGAUGCCAACUCUCUGGCGGCAACGCUGGAUUACUUGGUCGCUUUGCUAAUCUGGGCAUUCGUGACAAUACUGAAAGUGGUAGCACAGGAGGCACUCAAGUUGUUGCACUUGCUUGCAAAAUGGUUGGUGGUGGCAGCGAUGGCUCCCUGGAUCUCUGCGCAAAGGUCUGCCUCACUGAUGAAUAUGACAACAUCAUCUUUCAGUCUUAUGUCAUGCCACUGAUUCCAGUCACAAACUAUAGGUAUGAAACAACUGGUAUUCGCCCUGAAUACUUGAGGGAUGCAAUCCCUUUGAGGCAAGUGCAAAAGAAGAUCCAAGACUUCCUCUGCAAUGGGGAACCAAUGUGGAGGAUUCGACUCCGAAGUGGAAGAGCUAGGAUUCUUGUGGGUCACGGUUUGGAUCAUGACCUUGACUCUCUGCAGGUUGAAUAUCCACAAGUAAUGAUUAGGGAUACUGCAAAAUAUCCUCCAUUGAUGAAAUCAAGCAAGCUCAGCAACUCCCUCAAGUAUCUCACACAAGCAUAUCUUGGGUAUGACAUUCAAACAGGCAUUCAAGAUCCUUAUGAGGAUUGUGUUGCAACAAUGAAGAUCUACAAGAGAAUGAGAUCCCAAGUUCACAAAGUAGAGGCAUACCCGCUAGCUUCCGACACUCAAAACCGAAAUAACUUUGCGGCGUGGCGCCAAAAUGAGCUUGAGAGGAUGAGCCCAGAUCAAAUGAUGGAAAUCUCAAGGUCUGAUUACUACUGCUGGUGCCUGGACUCUUAUAGUGGCUGAAAGUGAAAGAAGGCACCUAUAUAUAUAGAACAAUUAAGGAGAUUAGUACUAGA